AUGGUUCUUGCGGACUUCUUGAUCGCCACGGCCACCGUCAAGACCGUGGUCGCCGAUCUCGCGAAGCUGAGCGGAGAGGAGAUAGCGGCGGCCAUUGCAGGAGCGACGGAAGGGAUCGACGUCGGGUUGCUGGUCAACAACGCGGGGAUGGCUUCUCUCCCGAAAUACUUUCACGAGGUGGAUCGAGAGUUGACGGAGAGCAUGUUGAGAGUGAACGUCAACGCAGCGGUGUGGGCGACGAAGGGAGUGAUCGAUGGAAUGUUGAAGAGGAAGAGAGGAGCGAUCUUGAACAUGGGAUCUGGUUCCACCGUGUAUAUCUCUUCGUUUCCUCUUUUGAACUUGUAUGCCUCCACCAAAGCUUUUCUGGCAACAUUCUCAAAAAGCAUCAGUUUGGAGUACGAAGGACAAGGGAUUGAUAUUCAAUGUCAGGCUCCUCUUUUUGUUGCCACCAAAAUGACUAGGAUGAACAGAUGGUACGUCUUCAUACCUUCGGCGAAGAUGUUCAGCAGAGCAAGCGUGCGAUGGAUCGGGUACAACCGGGUGUGCAACCCCUAUUGGUCGCACUCGGUUCAGGCGUUCGUGGCACGCACGAUGGACACAAUCAUCGUUUGGGGUCUCGAAUGUUACGCGAAAUGGUUGAGAGCUCGAGAAAGAUCGCGUCGUUAG